GCCGUGCCGAAGCGGCUCGUGCGCGAGCUCCGGAGCCUCGCGCGGGACCUGCCCGUGCACGCGGCGUCGUCCGUGCUGCUGCGCUUCGACGCGGUCUGCCCGCUCUACAUGCGCGCGCUCAUCACGGGCCCGCCGCGGACGCCCUACGAGCACGGCUGCUUCGAGUUCGAGGUCGAGUGCCCGGCGGACUACCCGGCGAAGCCGCCGCGCGUGCGCAUCCUCACGACGAAGCGCGGCACGCUCAAGUUCGGCCCGAACCUCUACGCGGACGGCUUGGUGUGCCUGAGUUUGCUGGGCACGUGGCCGGGGCCCGGCUGGGACCCGAACGCGUCGUCGCUGCUCCAGGUGCUCAUUUCCAUCCAGGGCCUCGUG